ACAAAAGAAAAUUAUGUUUUAACUAUUUCUUAUAGGAAGAAUUUUAAAAACGAAUUCCGUGAUCUCUCCUUCACAUUCAUCCUUCCCCCUAAUUAUAAGUAUCAGACUCCUCACUCCUAAGAAAAAAUCUGCCGCCUGCCCGCCCACCGGAAUUCUGCCGCAAUAGAGAGGCCUGCCGGCUGCUACAGCUGCGCUGCUGGCUGCUGCUUGGAAACGCCGGAGCUCGGAAGUCGUAGCUUCCGCUGCCGGUCGCCGGAUUGCGUCAGAGUACCCCCGAUUUGAGAAUUCUGGAUACGCCACUGAUCCUUCGAGUUAUAUCACUUCCAUAUCUGCUGCUCUUGUUCAUUUCUUUGCAAAGUCUCAUGGUUAGUGCAGGAAUUGUGAGUCAUAAUGGAUAAAUACAAAGAGGAAAAGGUGAAGAAAUUCGAGGAAUUUGUCGAUCGUCGCUUGAAACCUGAUCUUGUUAAGGCCAUUGCUGAAAGGGACAAGGUUUUUGAACAACAGAAGACAUUCUCUGAUUUGAAGAUGAACAUACAGAAUUUGGAAAAGAAUAGUGUAAGCAGCCUCAAGACGUUAGUCAAUCUUGGUUCUGAAGUGUACAUGCAAGCGGAAGUCCCUGACACACGUCACAUAUGUGUAGAUGUUGGAUUGGGUUUUCAUGUUGAAUUCACCUGGUCUGAAGCUUUACUUUUUAUCUCAGCAAGGGAGGAACGACUGACCAAGCAAGUAGAGGAGUACACUCGUCUGAUUGCAUCGAUUAAAGCACAGAUUAAGCUGGUUUGUGAAGGGAUACGAGAGUUGCUUCAGAUUCCAGUGAAAUGAUGACUCUUUUCUGGAGGAUUUUGCCUUGAAUAUAGGAAUUGUCUGCUGAUAAGAGUUGGCAUUAGUUAGAGGAGCUGAUAUCAAAGUCCUACAGUGAAUAGAAAUGUAAAGAUGAGAGCACAAGUAGUAGACUGAGGGCUCGUUUGGUUGAAAUUGGAAAGUAUAACUUCCCAUGAAUUUGCAUUGUUCAUGAAUUUUUAUUUCCUAAGAAGUACAUUUUUUUGUUUGGUUGAACAUGGGAAAUUAUAUUUUUCAUGGGAAGUUUCACUAACCUAGGGGGGCCUAGGUAAGUUAUUUCCUCCAUUUUGUAGGAAAUAGAAUUUCCUAGGAAGUUCUACUUCCCAUGUUUUUGCCAACCAAACAACAACACAUAUAUUUACUUUCUAGAAAUUCUAA